AUGUUGAAUAAACAAUUGGAUGAAGUUGAAGUUACUCGCGAUCUUUUUCGACAAGCACUAAGUGAACAUACGUCAGAAUCGAAAAAUCAUAUUUUAAUACAACAAAUUAACGAUUGGGAACGUGAUUCCAUUGAAAAAAUUCAACAAACAGCAGAUGAAGCAAGAAAACUAUUACUAAAAUAUACAGCUAAACAUAUUCUUGAUGUAGAAAUUAAGCUGAAUAAAUUAACUGGUCAAUUGAGAUACAGUCGUCAAGAAAAUGAUUUUAUUGAAACAGAUUUACAUCAAUGGAAAAAGCAACUUACUCAACUAACAGAUGAAUUUAACAAACCAUCAAAUAUUACAAUUCGACAAGAUUCAAAAGCACUUGUGAACAAAAUUUAUGUUGAUAUAUCAACUAUAUCAUCAUGUACAAUGAAAAUUAAUGCCAACACAAAAUGGUUUGUAAAUGGUGUCACGGGCGCUGAAGGUAAUGAAAGAGGGGAUGGAUUAAAUCAACUUGAUUGUUCAUGGAGUAUAUGUAUUGAUGACGACGAACAAGUAAUCUACAUCGCUGAUACUUAUAAUCAUCGCAUUAUCGAAUGGAAGUAUGGUGCAACAAAUUGGCAAGUUGUUGCGGGUGGAAAUGGGCCAGGAAAUCGAAUCGAUCAGUUGAAUGAAGCAACAGAUGUUGUUGUUGAUAAAGAGAAUGAUUGUCUUAUUAUCUGCGAUCAAGGAAACAGAAGAUUGAUGCGAUGGCCUCGUCGAAAUGGCACAAGUAACACGAAUGGAACAGUAGUAGCCGGUGGCCAUGGACAAGGCAAUCGUCUUGAUCAACUCAAUGGUCCUGGUUACAUCUUUGUCGAUCAAGAUUAUUCAGUGUACAUAUCAGAUGGCAAUAAUCAUCGUGUGAUGAAGUGGAUAAAAGAUGCAACGGAAGGGAUUAUCGUUGCUGGUGGUCAAGGUCAAGGAAAUGGUCUAGCUCAAUUGUCUGGCCUUCGUGGAGUAAUUGUUGAUUAG